UAUAAUUGCAAAUAUUAUAGGGAGUAUUUUUAGUAUUAAUUUUUUUGCGAAAACGAAAGUACAUCAACCAGAACACCUGAUUCGAGAAAGGAAGGAAAUGAAUUAUGCUUUCAUGAACAUAAAAUGGCGUAUUCAGAAUUUGUAUUGUGUACAUAGUUAAGAAAUAAAACAUCAUGGAUGAUACAUCAGGCAGUGAAGAAAGUGGUGAAGGAAAUGAAGCCUCUGGAACGGAUCACUCCCAUGAUAAAAAACACAAAAAUUCUGAUGGUUCAUGUAAAUCCAAACGAAGUGUAAAACGACAACUCAAGACCUUUUCAUUUGGGAAGUGGCAGAAAGGUUUUAAUAAGGAAAAGGCCAAAAAGCGCACUUUCAGCCUUAGCCGAGAUGCUUGGCAGAGUUGCAGCUCCGUAGUUUCAGAAGCAUCUAUUGAGAAUGUGACAUGUAUUUGUACUGGUUACAGGAAAACAAAAGCUUCCUCAGCAGCUGAGAAAAAUGCAGGGACUGAUAAAAAUACAUCUCAAGAGCUAUCCUCUGAAGGUGCAAAAGGAAAUAUUUUAGCUGUAGCAGCCUGUGCUGGCGCCACAUCAAGUGAUAGUUCUCGAGAACCAAGUGUGUUAAAUAAAAGGGUUCCAGUACCCAGAGAAUAUUCACGCGAUUACAUCCCACAGCAGGUGGGAGAGGCUUCCAGUAGUAAUCUUUUUAUUACUUGUCAAUCAUCUUCUCAACAGCCUUUAUCCAUCAACGAAAUUAGUAUUAGUGAACUGACCUUAGCUCUCCAGGAACAUAUGAGACUAUCUAUUGUACAGAGCCCACUGAUCAUACAAUAUGGAAAUGUUGGCUACAAUGUUGAAAACCGCCACAAUGCCAUUGACAGACGGUCUUGCAGUCUGAACCUCUUUUCUUCAAAUGCCCAUACCCAAGUUGAUUACGUACACCAUCUUGUUCCCGAUCUAUUAGAAAUCACUAAUUGUAGUUUCUACUGGGGGAAAAUGGACCGGUAUAAAGCUGAAAAACAGUUGGACAAGAAACCUGAGGGUACAUUUUUACUUCGAGACAGUGCUCAGGAGGAAUUUUUAUUCAGUGUUAGUUUUCGCCGCUAUGGACGCACUCUCCAUGCUCGUAUUGAACAACUGAACCACAAGUUCAGCUUUGACUCACAUGACCCUAAUGUUUUUACUUCUUCAACUGUUUGUGGGUUAGUGGAGCACUAUAAAAAUCCAAUAUGCUGCAUGUUUUUUGAACCCAUGUUGACUAUACCUGUACAUCGUAAUUUCCCGUUUGAUUUGCAACAUCUAUGUCGUGCAGUUAUUUCAGAUCACAUAAAGUAUGAUGGAAUCAAUGAACUGAAGUUGCCCAAGAAAAUUAAAGUAUAUUUAAAGGAAUAUCAUUAUAAACAAAGGGUUAGGGUGCGCCAUCUGGAAAAUGAUAACUGUGUUUAAUGAGUUUUUUUGGGGGGGGGAGAGAUUCUGCUAGAUCUGUAUAGUAUGUCAUGUAAAACUUAAUAUGAUUUAGGUCUGUAAUUGUAGGCCCCAUUGUGGUAUGUCUUCUCAAGAAAUCUGUCCCUUUUAAUAUGUGUUUUUUAGUAUUUAUUUGCAACUUUUUUUUUUUUUUUCAAUUUCACACCAGAUGAAAAUUAUAUAAAUGAAUUUUCAAUCGUAUUAAAAUCUCUUGAGGGAAAAUUAACUCUCCCUUAUAUAACUGUAUAAGAAUUUUUUUUUAAUUUGAUAGUAUUAAUUAAUUUCAUUGUUAGACAUUUAGAAUAAUUUAGCAUUUUAUAUGCAUUUUACUUACUUAAAUUCAUUUUCAUUGUAUCUGUUUUAGAUAUUAAUUGUAGAUAAUCAUGAUAUUUUUUGUAUCGUAUUGCAAAGAUGACUGCUAAACUUUUUCCAAAUUAUUUUUAUUUAAAAAAUUUGUUGGGGGAAAAAACGCGAGUGAAUUUUUUUUAUAUAAUAGGGCAAAUUUUUUUGUGAAUUAUCUAUGCCUUUUCGUAAUUUUUUUAUCCUCUCGAAUUAAGAAAAAGCUAGGUAUUUAUCACAAAUUAAUAAGAAACGGAAAUAUAUAAAUAUCAAUUACAUUUCUUUACUAAGAGCGUUUAGAAUUUUAUCAAUAUUGCACUCUUUUUUCUUUAUUGUUGUUCAGAAUGUGACAGGAAAAAAAAACACAAUUAUUUAAUAUUAAUAAUUUUUAUAAUAUUUCAGUCCUAAUAUUUAUGAUACAUUAAAAAAAUGUGAAUAAAUGAAAUUUCUUGCCAUACCAUAUUUAGUGCAUUUUAUGUCAGUCUUGAUUUUAGAUGAUGUUUAAGGUUUCAUCCAAAUUGUAACAAAUUAUUGAUGGAAAUCAUAUUUUUUAUGAAUAGGGUAGAAUAUCAAUUAUUUUUAUUUGGGACAUGUGAAUAUAUAUUUGUAAAUUAGUGUAAUAUAUAAAAUUAAAUUGUAUGGCAUAGCUAUGAAAUUUGACCUGUAAAAUAGAUUUUAAUUCAAUGAAUUAUGCUCAAAGUAUAUUACAAGAUUGAAAGUAAUCAAUAUGAUAAUUCAGAUAGGCCUUAACCUUAAAUUAAAACCACUGUCAUCUCUUGAGUAUAUGCAGAAUGCAUCAUAGAAUUAAUUUUUAUUUUCUUGCACAUCACAUAUUUCUACUGCAUCUGACUUAUAAAUAAUGAUCUGAUGUGAUGCCUUCUGUAAUAUUAUAUCUAUAUUUCCCUUUAUUUUUCUACAGUUUUUUUUUUUUUUUUUUGUCAUUCUGAUAUACUUUUACUUAAACAUUGUAAUUAUUGGUUUAAUGAUGAAGGUUAUUGUUUCAAAGAAUAAUUUUAGUAUAUUUCAUGUAUUAUUUUACAAACCACUUGUAAAAUGUCU